CUUUCAUGGAGUCCAUACUGUAAUUUCUCUUUCUCUCUCUAGAAAUGACGUAUAUGGAACUAGUCUCCUCGGGCCCCUCAUCCCAGCGAUGAAGAUAUACUUUGAGUCCUUUUGAUGUUCAUCUACUUUUCUGACCAAUAUUUAUCUUUGCCUUCUCCCUCUCUCUAGGGUUUGAACUUCAUAUCUGAACCAGUUUCUUUUUCAAAACGAUGACGAGUUCUACAGCGGCGAAGAAGAACUUCAUGACUUCCGGAUUGGUAUCGAAUCUCGAGGAGGUGUUGCUUAGAAGAAAGAAAAACGAUGAUGAAUCUGCUGAAGUUGCUUCUUCUACUCCUGCUGAUGGCGCUGAAUUUAACUCCAAUGAAGAUAGUAUAAAGCCUGUUGUUCUAGUGACGAAUGGAGACGGGAUUGAAUCACCAGGUCUCACUUGUCUGGUUGAAGCUUUGGUUCGUGAAGGACUCUAUAGUGUUAACGUCUGUGCUCCACAAUCGGAUAAAUCACUAUCCGGUCAUUCUGUAACCCUUCGAGAAACAGUUUCUGUUAGUCCUGCUGAGAUCAAUGGUGCGACAGCUUAUGAGGCUUCUGGGACGACAGUGGAUUGUGUGUCAUUAGGGUUAUCCGGUGCCUUAUUUUCCUCAACAAAACCGCUUCUGGUAAUUAGUGGAAUCAACAAGGGAACUAGCUGUGGCCAUCACAUGCUUUACUCUAGUGUUGCAGCUGGUGCUAGAGAGGCACUAAUUAGUGGAGUGCCAUCUAUAUCAAUUUCAUUGAACUGGAAGAAGGAUGAAAGUCAAGAGAGUGAUUUCAAAGAUGCGGUUACUGUGUGUCUACCAUUAUUAAAUGCUGCUUUGAAGGAUAUAGAGAAAGGACAGUUCCCUGAAGGCUUAUCAUUCAACAUUGAAGUUCCAAGUUCUCCUUCAACAAACAAGGGAUUCAAAUUAACCAAGCAAAGUUUGUGGAGAUCUACACCAAGCUGGCAAGCCAUUUCAUCAAAUAGACAUCCAGCCGCAGGACGCUUUAUGUCCAAUCAACAAGUUCUUGGUAUGCAAUUGGCACAGCUUAGCCGAGAUGCCUCUGCAGCGGGUGCAGCUCGUAAGUUGACAACCCAGAGAAAGAACAUUGAGAUUGUUGAAUCAGUUGGUGUUGCAGGAAAGUCUAAUUCUAACAAUUCUUCAAGAUACUUUAGAUUAGAGUUUCAAGACAAGGAGCUCGAGGACUUGGAUGACGAUUUGGAUAUCAGAGCACUUGAAAACGGAUAUGUUGCAGUUACUCCUCUAUCAAUUUCACCUUUGGUUGAAAUGAAUAUUCAAUCAGCAGCUUUGGAUUGGAUUUCUAGGGCACUGCCAGCAGAACAAUGACACAACAACAAUAUAUGUUUUCGGUGGUUUUUGUCUUUUGAAUAUUGACUCUUCUAUUUGGAAAAAGGGUUUUUUGUUUUAGUAAUACAGGAACGAAACGAACUAUUUGGGCUUUGUCAUCAUAUAACUUCAUUCUUGAGAUGGGAUCAAUGAUUUUCCCACAUUAAUUCAUAGAAAAUACUCAGCAUUACAAAAUGUGUUUGUAUCAUUUUUAUUCAAAGUGGGGGGUUAUUAGGACUAGAAUGGUUUUGUGAAUUGGUAUUGUUUGUUUGUUUUUUUAACUUAUUUGUGAAACAAAAUAGUUGGUUUGGUUUUGGUUUGGUGUUU